AUGUCGCCCUGUUGUAUUCUGGCACUCACAUGUUUCUUUUCUAUCAUUCCCUCGGCCUGGCAGAUGAGGCCCUCGCAGUCAAAAAAAGAAUCGCUGAUCAACCUAAAGUUGGCCUUGUUUCCAAUGGAUUGCGCGGACGGAAAAAGUGCCUUCGACUUGGUGACGCGUACUUGCCAAGAUUGCAGGGACAGGCACCUCGAUUGUUUUGUUCCAGGUCCGGCGUUUCAGCCCGGGCUCUCCAAAAGCAUACAAAGGAAGCUGUGGCUGCUGCGGUGGCGGCAUCGUUUAGGAUUAGCGUUGCAGGAGGUCCCUCCCAUGGUUGGCCAUGCAAAGCUCGAAGCGCCAGACUAUGCGUUUCAGUGUCCACCUCCGGCUGAAAUACGCUGCAACGUCAGUGCCCAAAAGUCCAAUUAUAAGUCCAAAGGAUGCAGUUUCGGAUAUUCUGGUCCCCUGUGCAUGGCAUGUGAGACUGGUUUCUAUUCUAAGGCCGGAUAUUGUGCACCGUGCUCGGUGCCUUCCAAUACUCUACCCGUGCUUGGCAUACUUCUCGCGCUGGUGAGCAUACUAUACUGCUGUUGUUCUUGCUCUUCACGCAGGACAGAUGGCACAUCCGAGGCUGGUCGGGGUGCCAGUUUCCGCCUAGAGUUGCUUUCGUUACAAGCUCCAUUCCUGCUACACAUGGUUCAGCUCUGGCUGGUAGUGGUCGCUGGCCUUCGAAGAGAGCGCGGCCGUGGCGCUGGCACAACUGCAUCGCCUGUCGUGGACUGGGAUUCUGAGUUCUACCAGUGGUUUAUGCGGUUCAUGCUAUAUGUCUGCCGAGGGAUUCCUCCACUGAGUUCUCUGCUGCUGACAGCACACGAGCUAGAGUGGAUGAUCAAUGUGCAGUGCAGUGUUGGUAGCAUCUUAGGGCGCAGCAUCGCGGCCAUCAUUUCACCUGUGCUCCCCUUGGUUUUGUUGCUGGCCUGUGGCAUCCUAGAGCUGGCGUGGCCUAGCGCAGGCAUUGGUCUGGCAUUGAAGCUUAUAUCAUUGCUCUUCAUAGGAGGGGCCUUUAGUUGUUACCAGUUGGUCGUCUAUCAGGCCUUUGAUGGCGCAGGAGAGCCGCUUGGAAGCCAAGCUUUCUCGAAACUUUUUCCAGACCUGGGGAACUCUGAGGCCUUGCAAUCCGUAAUCAUUACCGUAAUCUGGCAAGUACAUCUUGUGGCAGCAUUGGCAUACACCAUCAUCAUCCCUUGCUUCCUGCUACGUGUCAUGGCCAGGCAGCAUGUCGCUCUGCAGGACACCCGGCUGUUUGUUGCUUGCUCUGCAUCAGAUGGAGGCAACACCCAGAUAUUGCGGCUUCAGCCGCUGGGUGUUCUGCCGCUGCUCAAGAAGGAUGACGGAGCAGAUCGGCAUUUGCUGGCAGCUGCGGUGGCCCACAUGGUUGUCCACAUGCAUGGUCCGGUGAAGGUGGAGCUGGUGCAGGAUGCAAUCCACGUGACGCCUCUGGAAGACGCGCAAUCUACAACGCUCGAAUCGCAUGACUUUGGGACUCUGUUGGCAUCGCGGCUGGUGCCCAAGCAUAAGUUGGAUGUGCAGCGUGCCAGGAACAUUCAGCAGAUGCUCAGCGAGCGCGGUGUGCUGGAGAGCACCGCCGAUCCCCUUUUGAUAGGUGCCAAGACGCUCCUGUCCAAGUAUGCACUCGGCGGGAAAGUUUGGAUGGAGGUUGCCAUGAAGCUCUACAUAGUGUCUUUGAUCUGUGUCAGUGGCACCGAGCGUGGUCUGCAAUUCACUGUGGUCUACACACUCUCCAUGGCAUCAGUUGUGGGUCUGGUGUCUCCAUAUUUUCUACCUCAGCUGAAUCUCCUGAGCAGCUUCUGUUUUGUGUGCCUUGCCAUAACCGCUCUCGGCGUAGAUCGGGCUUGGGAGUUUGUCGCUCGUGCAGCCCUUGUCGCUCCGUUUUUACUAUGUGUGUACCAGGCGCUUCGGCCAAGCAGCCCCGAGUACAAGGCCUUGAAGCUCAUCACUACACUGACAACACAACUGAGUAAGCUUCAACAAGGAGCACCGGUUCGGAUCAAUGUGUUCACUGCUGCUUUGGUUUGA